GGCCCACAGCGGCUGGCCAGGCCUUCAAAGCCACUCCUACAGUCACCGUGAAGGAGGCCUCCAGAGUCCACACGGGACCAGAUCGAAAGGUAAAAUGAAGUACAUUCUAGUCACCGGCGGUGUUAUAUCAGGAAUCGGGAAGGGGAUCAUUGCCAGCAGUGUGGGCACGAUACUGAAGUCGUGUGGUCUUCACGUAACUUCCAUCAAGAUCGACCCCUACAUUAACAUCGACGCGGGGACGUUCUCUCCUUACGAACAUGGAGAAGUGUUUGUGCUGGAUGAUGGCGGGGAGGUAGACCUUGACCUGGGGAACUAUGAGCGGUUCCUUGACAUCCGCCUCACCAAGGACAAUAACCUGACCACGGGCAAGAUCUACCAGUACGUCAUUAACAAGGAGCGGAAAGGAGACUACCUGGGGAAAACCGUCCAAGUUGUCCCUCACAUCACAGAUGCCAUCCAGGAGUGGGUGAUGAGACAGGCCCUGAUUCCUGUCGAUGAAGAUGGCCUGGAACCUCAAGUGUGUGUUAUUGAGCUGGGCGGGACAGUUGGAGAUAUCGAAAGCAUGCCCUUCAUUGAGGCCUUCCGUCAGUUCCAGUUCAAGGUCAAAAGAGAGAACUUCUGUAAUAUCCACGUCAGUCUAGUUCCUCAGCCAAGCUCCACAGGGGAACAGAAGACUAAACCCACCCAGAAUAGCGUUCGUGAACUUAGAGGACUUGGGCUUUCCCCAGAUCUGGUGGUGUGCAGGUGCUCAAAUCCUCUUGACACAGCAGUAAAAGAAAAAAUAUCGAUGUUUUGCCAUGUUGAACCCGAACAAGUGAUCUGUGUCCAUGAUGUCUCAUCCAUCUAUCGCGUCCCCUUGUUAUUAGAGGAGCAAGGAGUUGUGGAUUAUUUUCUUCGAAGACUUGACCUUCCUAUUGAGAGGCAGCCACGGAAGAUGCUGAUGAAGUGGAAGGAGAUGGCGGACAGAUAUGACCGCUUGCUGGAGACCUGCUCUAUCGCUCUGGUGGGCAAAUACACCAAGUUCUCGGACUCAUACGCCUCUGUCAUUAAAGCCCUGGAGCACUCCGCACUGGCCAUCAACCACAAGUUGGAGAUCAAGUACAUAGAUUCCACGGACCUGGAGCCGAGCACCCUGCAGGAGGAGCCUGUCCGCUACCACGAGGCGUGGCAGAAGCUCUGCAGUGCUCAUGGAGUCCUGGUUCCGGGAGGAUUUGGGGUUCGAGGAACAGAAGGAAAAAUCCACGCCAUCGCCUGGGCCCGGAAGCAGAAAAAGCCUUUUUUGGGUGUGUGCUUAGGAAUGCAGUUGGCCGUGGUUGAGUUCUCCAGAAACGUGCUGGGGUGGCAAGAUGCCAAUUCUACGGAGUUCGACCCUAAGACCAGUCAUCCCGUGGUCAUAGACAUGCCAGAACACAAUCCUGGGCAGAUGGGCGGAACCAUGAGGCUGGGCAAGCGGAGAACCCUGUUCCAGACCAAGAACUCGGUCAUGAGGAAACUCUAUGGAGAUGUAGACUACCUGGAAGAGAGACACCGCCACAGAUUUGAGAUCAUCCUUUUUUUGUUGGGGUCCAGUACCACCCCGAGUUCCUGUCCAGGCCUAUCAAGCCCUCCCCCCCGUACUUCGGCCUCCUCCUGGCCUCUGUGGGGCGGCUGCCGCAUUACCUCCAGAAAGGCUGCAGGCUCUCGCCCAGGGACACCUAUAGCGACAGAAGUGGAAGCAGCUCCCCUGACUCUGAAAUCACCGAGUUGAAGUUUCCGGCUAUAAAUCACGACUGAUCUGCGAUGAUUCUUCAGGACAGCCUUUGAACUUGGAUGGAGUUUACAGCUUUGAUUUUACACUUGGCUUCUGACACUUCCUUUAAAUUAUGAUCUUGUUAAAGUUAUUGUAUGGUGGGGAAAGGUAUUUGGAAAGCACGUCACCUGCAUGUCCUGUCACGUGUCCUGCCCUGUGUGACACUCUCCUUUGCCUUCUUGAGUUUCCGGGACAGUAGCAGAGUGUCUGCAGGAGCCGAGGAUGGACGGGUUGGGAGGGUUACCCUUGACCACCCCGUUUCUCCAGCUGCCUCGUGUCAAGGAUUUGAGCACAGGGCCUGCUGCUGCCCCUGGGGUGCCCAGACUGGCCGCAGGACGACCUGAGCACAGAGAGGCCACUUUAGCUAGUGCUUACACUUGGUGCUGGGGACCUGAUGGCGCGCUAGCCACCAGGAGCAGUGAAACCUGAGACAGCUCUCUACGCUGCCCUGACUGCCAGCUGCGGCUGGUUCUCGUUCCAGUGGGGGCGGUCCGUUGGUAGCACACAGAGCGGCAAGAAGUCUGUGUCUCUGAAGUGUGAUUUGAAAAUCCCAUGCCUCUGGCUCCUCUUAUUCCAGGGGCUGAGAAGCACUCCUUGCAUCAAGGGGUCACUUAAAAAAAGAACGAAGAAUCUUUUGGGGAAACUGCCUCUGCAUCCCUCUCAGAUAAGACAGCUUUGACUCGAGGGUACUUCUUUCUUCCAGGAUGGUGUUACUGUAGUCACAGUGCAGCGUGGGAAACUAUUUUCUUAAUGUGACGUCACGUGGGCGUACCCACGUGCCUGCUGCAUUCUGGCCGGACUCGGUGUAUACUCUAACUUAAAUAAAAUAAUGCGGAACAAGA